AAAAUGGCAGAGCUUGGAGUGAAAAUGGAGGUGGGUUUUGAUGGUGUUGCUGUCAUCACCUUCUCCAAUCCACCAGUUAAUGCCUUUGCCAUCUCAAUUUUUUUCCCGCUUAAACGUGAUGGGUUUUCCUGUUUAGUUAUUGCUUCGUUGAAGGACAAAGUUGGAGAAGCUAUGAGCAGAGAAGAUGUAAAAGCGAUCGUUUUGACUGGCAAGCAUGGGAAGUUUUCCGGUGGAUUUGACAUCAAUGUGUUCGAGAAAGUUCAACAGACUGGAAAGUUAUCUCUUCUACCUGAUUUAUCCAUUGACCUUGUGCUCAACAGAAUUGAAGAUGCAAACAAACCUAUAGUUGCUGCGAUAGAAGGACUUGCACUUGGGGCUGGUUUAGAAGUUGCAAUGGGAUGCCAUGCACGUAUUGCAGCUCCAAAGGCUCAACUUGGCUUGCCCGAAUUGUCUCUUGGAAUUAUCCCUGGCGCUGGAGGUACCCAACGACUUCCUAGGCUAUUGGGGUUGCCAAAGGCAAUUGAAGUGAUGUUGACAUCUAAACCAAUACUCUCUGAAGAAGGGAAAAAGUUAGGUCUCAUUGAUGCUAUUGUGCCUUCUCAAGAGUUGCUGAAAGUCUCUAGGCAAUGGGCAUUAGACAUUGUUGACGGGCGUAAACCUUGGGUUCGCUCCCUUCACAGCAUAGACAAGAUUGGCUCCCUAUCUGAAGCACAGGAGAUAAUUAAGCUUGCUAGACAACAAGCCAAACGGACUGCGCCUAAUUUGCCACAUCACCAGGCAUGCCUUGAUGUAAUUGAGGAAGGCAUUGUGCAAGGAGGAUACCCCGGUGUUUUGAAGGAGGCAAAAGUGUUUAACGAGCUUGUUGUUUCAGACACAUCAAAGGGUCUUGUUCAUGUGUUCUUCGCACAACGUGCAACCUCAAAGGUACCUAAUGUUACUGAUAUAGGGCUCAAGCCGAGGGCUGUCAAGAAAGUUGCUGUCAUCGGUGGAGGUUUAAUGGGUUCCGGAAUAGCUACAUCCCUUAUAGUUAAUAAUAUAUAUGUUGUUCUCAAGGAAGUCAACCCUGAGUAUCUUCUAAAGGGGAUAAAAAUGAUCGAAGCAAAUGUCCGAGGUUUGGUUGCAAGGAAAAAGUUGGCACAGUCCCGAGCUGAUAAAGCCUUGUCGAUGAUUAAAGGGGUAUUGGACUACUCAGAAUUCAAGGAUGUGGAUAUGGUCAUAGAGGCUGUUAUUGAGAAUCUUCAGUUAAAGCAAAAAAUCUUCAGUGAGAUUGAGAAGGCCUGUCCCUCUCAUUGUAUUUUGGCAACCAACACGUCAACCAUUGACCUCAAUUUAGUUGGAGAGAAACUAAAAUGUCAAGAUCGAGUCGUGGGUGCUCAUUUCUUCAGUCCUGCUCAUGUGAUGCCGCUAUUGGAGAUCGUUCGAACCGAAAAGACUUCCGCACAAGUGAUCCUCGGUCUCAUGACAGUUGGGAAAAUCAUAAAGAAAGUUCCUGUUGUUGUGGGAAACUGUACGGGCUUUGCUGUUAAUCGUGCCUUUUUUCCAUACAAACAGAGUGCACACAUCUUGCUUCUUUUAGGUGUGGACUUAUUUAGAAUUGACCGAUUGAUCAGCAACUUUGGGCUCCCAAUGGGGCCAUUCCAGCUUGAAGACUUGAGUGGAUAUGGUGUAGCAGUUGCUGUUGGUAAAGAAUUUGCUACUGCUUUUCCUGAUCGUUCAUUCAACUCUCCUGUAACCGACCUUCUAAUUAGAAGUGGACGAAACGGUAAAAACAAUGGGAAAGGGUAUUACGUCUACGAAAAAGGUAGCAAGCCGAAACCUGACCCGCUGGUGCUACCAAUUAUAGAGGAGUCAAGAAGGCUAGCCAAUCUUAUGCCGCAAGGAAAGCCCAUAUCCAUCACCGACCAAGAAAUAGUAGAGAUGGUACUCUUUCCAGUGGUGAACGAAGCGUGUCGUGUUCUAGAGGAAGGAAUUGUUGUUAGAGCAGCUGACCUUGACAUUGCAUCCGUUCUUGGGAUGAGUUUCCCUAAACAACGUGGUGGCAUCAUCUUCUGGGCUGAUUUGGUUGGGAGUAAACACAUAUAUACAAGUCUCAAGAAUUGGUCUGAAAAAUAUGGCAACUUCUAUAAACCAUCAAGAUUCUUGGAAGAAAGAGCUAUGAAUGGUGUACCAUUGAAUGCACCUGUUUCAACGCCUAAAACUACAAGUUCUAGGGCCCGACUGUAAGUAAUAUAUCAAUCAAGUUGGAAGAAGAUGAGAGUAUAUGCAUCGAUUGAGUAAUACGUGAAGCCGAUUGUCAAAUAAAACUGGUCUUUUUCUCAAGACUUUGGAAGCAAUAUAAAAUUUGCAGUGUUUGUCCUUUGUUUGUCUUUGUAUGGUUAUAUAGAUUAAGGUACCAAUGGAUUACAAGCAGUCAAGGUUUCUUCUCCUUUAGACCGGUCUAGACUGCGACCGGUUAGGUAAAGUCUUUAUCAGGGCUUUGGGUGGUUUGACUCGAACCGGCCCGGUUAACCGGUUUACCUAUUUAUUAGAUUGAUCUGGUUAACCGGUUUGCCUAUCUCUAGAAUUAGCAAUGAGAGGAAUUUCCCAUUUUCUCGAGAGGAAAAUGUAUCAAAAUGGAACGAGUUUUGUUCUUAUAAUAUGUAAUUGUGAAUCAAAAUCAUCGAUUAAUGUAAGUCAACUGACAAUAAAGCUUGGGUCUUUGGGGUU